GUUAACAAGGCCCGCCCAUUGGCCGGUCUACGGACUUCCCAUAGACAGUUGUAUAUUUAAUAAAAAUGCACUCUGAUGCGGCAAAUUUUCAGCUCAAUUCCCAUUUGACUACACUGGCCAGCAUCCACAAGAUUCACCACACCUUGCACAGACUGAAUCUGACCGAAGACGUUGACCAGGAUAGCCACUCGUCGGCUUGCUACUCAAAAGCCAUGCCACCUAGGAAAAAGAGGAGACCGUCUGCUGGAGAUGACAUGUCAGCUAAAAAAAGUCGACAAGACAGUGUUUUCAGAAAACACGAAACGGCACUAAUCCGUGAGGAGGAGACAUUUUCUAGUAAAAGGUGCUUAGAGUGGUUCUACGAAUACGCAGGCUGUGAUGACGUUGUGGGUCCAGAGGGCAUAGAGAAGUUCUGUGAAGACAUUGGAGUGGAGCCAGAGAAUGUGGUCAUGCUGGUUCUGGCUUGGAAGCUGGAUGCUCAGAGUAUGGGAUAUUUUACCCUUCAGGAGUGGCUACGAGGCAUGGGGUCACUGCAGUGUGAUUCCACGGAGAGACUGAGGAACUCUCUUGACUACCUGAGAUCUGUUCUGAACGACAGCACUAGUUUUAAGCUCAUUUACAGAUAUGCCUUUGAUUUUGCUCGGGAAAAGGAUCAGAGGAGUUUGGAUUUGAACACAGCCAAGUGCAUGCUGGGACUUCUACUGGGAAAGAUGUGGCCUCUGUUUCCUGUGUUUAAUCAGUUUUUAGAGCAAUCUAAGUACAAAGUCAUCAACAAAGACCAGUGGUGUAACGUUUUAGAGUUCAGCAGGACAAUCAACCUGGACCUUAGUAACUACGAUGAGGACGGUGCCUGGCCAGUUUUGUUGGACGAGUUUGUGGAAUGGUACAAAGAAAGACAGAUGUCGUAGCUGAGAAUGGAAAAGAAAAAAAAAAGACAACUGUGACCACAACAAUUCUGAGCAUCAACAACCAAUAAGUAGACAACAUAAAAACGGUAAAGCAGUGACGGUGGGUGCUUCCUGGUGAAGGAGAGCUUCAAACUGUGUGUAUGUUGAGGGGUGGGAGGUGUUUGCCGUAUGUUUGCAGUUUGAGUAUACACUGCUGGGGAAGAGGACUGUUUUUGCGAAGUUAUGCUUCCUGCCAGAAGUUGUGGAUUAAUUUGCAGCAAACCCCCAGUGGCGUUGCUCUCUUGUCACUGUGACAUAUUGCUGUCUGCGUUAGGUUGAGUGGAAUCGUACAUGAACAGUGGAGGAAAAUGGUAUUGUGUGGGAGAACCACUCCUUGUCUUCAGCACCAAGAAACCAACUGAAGCGACCAUCCAUGCAUUGUGUUUGAGUUUUAAACCGGCAUCACUUCGACCUGGGCACACUCAAGUAUUAAAUAUCUGUGUGAUGAAUUUAAUCUUGAGCUCUUCUGGACAAACAGCACUAACUACUGUUUAGUUUUAGCUUGGUAGUAAUUCAAAAAGCACACUGUGUCAAAAAUGUGACUGUGGGUUUCUAAUGCCUGUGCUGUUUACUAUCAAUAAAUGCCAGUUAUUUUUAUUCCCUCCAGUUUUUGGUCCCUCUUACUGUUUUGCUAACUAGCUGCUGUUCCACUGCAGAGGCUUCAGACCUCAUAACACCAAACUGAUCAGCAUUGCUGCUUACUAACGCUUCUCACAGUGUAGUGCUGAGCCACAUGCUCUGAUCAGCAUGCAUUGGUCCGACAACCAUUUUAUGUAUCUGCAUUAUGUUGGUAGGAGUAUUAUUGUGCCUCAAAAUAUGGAAGUCACGUGUGUCCUAUACAUGCAUACCAACAAAUCCAAAUGAAUACACAUGAGAAUACAUGCACUACGUGCGCACACACUACCACCGAAUUGGUCAGGUACAGUAUCAUUUCAGGAUGAAUUCAGACUGUUUAGGCUGUGUAAUAAGUUAACAUUGGUAUAAUGUGUCCAUUUUGUCUCCAUAUUUGGAAUCUGUUUUGUCUUCCUAAGUUUACUGACCUACUGAUCUCAUUAUUAGCAUAUAUCCCUGGAUUUGCAGUGUUAACAUAACUGCAGUGAAACAGAAACCUUUUGAGAACGUCCUCCAGUGGUUCCAACUCGGGUCCUUGAGGAACACCAUCCUGCAUGUUUUAGUUGUUUUCUAGCUCCAACACAACAGAUUCAGUGAUUUAAUUACUUCCUUGUGUUCUGCAGAAGUCUGUUAAUUAUCCAUUCAUUUAAAUCAGGUGUGUCAAAGCAGGGU